AUGCCAUCCUCUUUCCCAAGGCAUCUCAUCUCCCUCCUUGCCUUCCUCUCCUCUACCUCCUUGCCGGACCCCACCCUUCCCUCGGGCCGCAACCUCGUCUGUUCACUCGCAAACGCAAGCUUGAUGGCUUGCCCGAUGCUCGAUUGGAGUGCGCGUGGAUCUUUCUAUCCACAACAGCAGUGCCUAGAUGACCCGCUGGGGGUAUCUUGUUGGAACAAGGACGAUCCCGCAGCAACCGCCAUCCUAACCAGCCCGCCGGGCUACUACCAAUGCACCUCAGAAGGAGCAGUACGGCUUCGCGACACCGACACGGUGGACUGGGGUCGCGUCGAAUACUGCGCCAACGGGGAGUGGGGCAGCAUUUGCCAUGACGGUUGGGACGACCUUGAUGCAACGGUGGUCUGUCGGCAACUCGGAUAUCCGUACGGUACGGCGCUCAAAGGUCGUCUCGGCGGCGGUCUCAGUCCACCGGGUCCCGAGGGCAUGGCUAUUUGGCUGCAACAGGUCAACUGCAGCGGCUCCGAAAGCGCCCUGGCGGAUUGCCCCAUCCUCACCCUGCCAGGGACCCCACUGGCCUGCAGCCACCGGGCGGAUGCUGGCGUGGCAUGCCACGACAGCAAGCCCUCGACGCCGGGGGUGCCGUACUUCUCUGGGCCGAUUUGCAAUGACCCGGGGGCGUUGCGGAUUGUGGGGGUUUCGGACGCGGCCGGUGGUGCCCUGGGCCGCCUUGAAGUAUGCUACGCAGCGCAAUGGGGCGCAAUCUGCGAGUCGGGCUUCGGAUACAACGAGGCUGCGGUGUCUUGCAGGCAGCUGGGCUACACCACGGGGCGUGCGGUGCCUGCUGUUUCAAUGCCUGGUAGACCAGCCAAUUUGGAUGAGCCAGGUGCGGUGCGACCUGCCCAUGAGUUUGCAGCCGAGAUGGCCGCCGCGCUUGACCACCUGCGCCUUCUGGGGAAUGGAAGAUGCAAGCUGCCCGUACGGCGCUGUGGCGGGUGUGCAGUGCACCAACGGCACGAAAUUUGCGCCCUUAGUGCAGCCCUGCAAUUGGGCUUCCAAACAGGCAACCUUCUGAAGGGAGGACUCACCCCAGCAGGCGAUCCUGACAGCCCGGUGUGGUCUGGCGCGCUGGACUGCUUGGGGUACGAGGACCGCUUGCAGGAGUGUCCCCCGGGGGAUGACUCCGCCUUGCCAGGAGACUACUCGGCGGCCUGCGACACACAUAGCGAUGACGUGGGACUGCAGUGCCGCAACAGCCUCACACAGUAUGAAGUCCCGCGGGACACUGCGGUCAGCGGCGCCUUCGCAUGCGAGAACCAAGGUCAACUGAGGCUGAUGGACGGCAUCGGCAGAACGGCGUACCAGAACGGGCUUGUGCAGAUCUGUCUGAAUGGCCGCUGGGGCACGAUGUCACUUGGCCUCAUGGCCAUGAGUGGCGCACGCGUGUGCAACAGGGGCUUCGGGAAGGAGGAGGCGCGGGUGGCGUGCAGGCAUUUUGGCUUCGUGUCGGGAAUGGUGACGACGUCAAGCCUGCCCAUAAACUACGUAAUCCUAGCCUUUUCGCAACCAAUUAACAUGGCCAACGUAGACUGCACUGGCACAGAGGAACGCCUGACGCAGUGCAAAUACGACAUGUACGACGGUGCUUGCACGCAUCGCAUGGAUGUCAGUGUACGGUGUGUCUGGGGGGAGCUACCGCCGUCUUCGCCGCCGCUGACGCUGCGGUGGCCGUCGCCGCCUCCAAAGGCGCCACCACCUUUACCGCGGCCAAGGUCUCCAUCCCCACCGGCCGCAUUGCUGCGACCCCCGCCUCCUGCGCCUCGGUCAUUGUUGAUGCAUCCACCUGUACCGUCGCCUCCACCUCCAAGACCACGACCAUCGCCUCGGCCACCGCCGCAAUUUCCACCGUCGCCGCCCAUCCCGCAACCGCCGCCUCCUCCACCGCCUCCACCACCUCCACCUCCACUGCCUCCACCCCCACCGCCUCCAUUGCCUCCACCGCCUCCACCCCCACCGCCUACAUUGCCUCCACCGCCUCCACCCCCACCGCCUCCACUGCCUCCACCCCCUCCACCCCCACUGCCUCCACUGCCUCCACCCCCUCCACCCCCACUGCCUCCACCACCGCCACAGCAUGAGGUGCCGUCGCCAUCGCUCAUUCGGACGCCGGCGCCUUCACUUACGGCCGCCUUGCCGUCCCCGCCACGGCGUUCCCCGCCAUCCACAACGCCGCCGCUAGAAGCCGCCUUUGAGGCAUGUGAUUAUGAGGGCGACAUCCGGCUGGCUGGCGGCAACUUGCCAGGAAGCGGCAUGCUGCAGUUCUGCGGUGACGACGGUACCGGUUCUUUUAAAUGGGGUUCCGUGUGCGGUGCUGCGCCGCUGCGGGAGGAUGCGGUGAAUAUGAUCUGCAGGCUGCUGGGCUACAGAGACGGCUUCGCCGUAGUCGAUCCCAACAAUCCGUCGUACGGGUAUGACGGACAGUUCUACACCUUCCAACCGAACCCGUACAACAUGCCCACCUGGCUAUACGACAUUGAGUGCGCCGCUAACCCUAGCGUCAUGGGUGAUUGCUGGUCAACCAGCCAGUACUGCGCCCCACAGUCGGACAUCGCCGUGAUCUGCCUGCGCACCGGGCGAGCCACCAGGCGCUACGGUUGUGGCGGCAAACCCGGCGCACUGCGGCUCGUGGGCGGCAGGUCGCCCAACGAAGGCACAGUGCAGGUCUGCAAAAACGUCGUGUGGGGCACCAUCUGCGAUACGGAGUGGGAUGAUGUAGACGCCAGUGUCACGUGCAGGAUGCUCGGCUUUAAUUGGGGGGCGGCGGUGAGCGCGGAGGGACGAUUCUCCAACGGCACGGCGGCCGGCACAACGUUCCCUCAAGGGCCUAGUGACAUGAGGGUGCAGUACGCCAACCUGGCGUGCGACGAAAACUACGCCGAGACGCUCGACGAUUGCGAGCGAGCGUCACUUCGCGUUUUUCCGCCAGAGUGCAAGGCCCGGGGUUUCCGGCGAGACGCUGGUCUGAUAUGCUGGGACUAA